AUGGCUUCCAAGAAAAUAAUAAAAACUCAAACAAAUCUUGGGGGCAGUAGUCGAACGAUCGAACAUCAAGACCCGAAGAAAUCGAUCGAGGAUCUUUUCACGAAUCGAUUUGUCAAGAAACCAAAUAAGGGUUCAUCGGAUGAUGGGUUCAAGUCAAAUAGCCAAUUGACGCUCAGCCCUCAAUCAUCAACAUCACCAGGGGGAACCCCGUCUGGGUGCAGCGUGUUCCCCUUUGGCGGUCCUCCCCAGGCCCCAGCGACGUCAUGGCGUUCUGAUCCUCAAAUAGUGGGUGGAUGUGGUGGUGAUGAUGGAUUGUCAUCUUCGCAUGGCCCUCAACCAGCUCUUCCCCCUCCACAACAAACCACUUCAUUCCCUCCAUAUCAACAUCAACAGCCACAGCAACAUCCCGUCCAUCCACCUCCAUUCGGCCAUCAAACUGAUCCAAAAGACGGCCUGGGCCCCCUUCCACCAGGAUGGACAUUUGGGGAUGAUGGAAAUGGUUGUCGAUAUUAUAUCGAUCAUUCGCGACAAUUCACCACCUGGGAGGAUCCGAGGCUCAAUCCUGCCGCCCUCGACCAUCGACAAAAUCCAUAUGGGUACCCGCCACAAAUGCCCCAAAAUCAGCGACUGAUGGGAGAAUACAGUUCCGCCAACGUGCAACAACUCGAGGCAGAGAAAUCAGCAAUGAGAGCGAGACAAGAAAGUCUUAUGAGAGCCGGACUGCUUGAUCCGCCACAAAUGAUGGCUGGACAUGAACAAUAUCAACAAUAUCCUCAUCAUCAACCCGCACUACACCAUGUACCACCCCAUCAGCGUCAAAUCUCCGCGGAUUCGGCUUUACCGGAUAAUAUGGAUGCAAUGGACUUUACAUCGUAUGGAUUGGGAAUGGACAUCAAUCCACAAGAAUUCGACAAAUACCUUCACAUCAGUGGAAAUCGU